AAAAGCCGUUUUCGUUUCCCUUCCUCCUUACUGCAAACCCUAGCCCUUCUCUUCCGCCUAAACCAUUUCAAUCUAUUCGUAUUUAUAAGUGCAUAAUCCCGAUUGGUAUUCGCUGUACUGGAUUGGGUUCUGUUGAUACUGAGGAGCCAAGUCUCUGCGGCAGAGAGAUGGUCACGACCUCGAGAAUCGAUGCUGCCACCUCUGAGAUAGUGAAGAAGACAAUCCAGUCUAUUAAGGAGAUAGUUAAGGAUCACUCUGAUGCCGAUAUUUAUGUCGCCUUGAAAGAGGCCAACAUGGACCCUAAUGAAACCACCCACAAACUGCUUAACCAAGAUCCUUUUCAUGAAGUGAAGAGAAAAAGAGACCGGAAGAAAGAGAGUGUGGGGUACAGAGGUUCGGUGGAUCCAGGAAAGCAAUCAGAGAAUGUUGUUCAGGUGAUGAAAUUUCGUGCAUUUCCUGAUCGUGGUACUCGAAGGGGAGGCUAUACUCGGAAUCGUUUGCGCGAUGCAGGAAUCAGCAGAGAGUUCCGUGUUGUGAGGGAUAAUAGACUGAACCAAAAUAUAAACAAAGAAACAAAGCCUCCUUUACCAGAGUCUUUAACUUCCACCAGUGAGCAAGUGGUUGUUAAUGUUACUGAAAAGGGUUCAAUGGGAAAUGCGAGCAAUCAAAGACCCUCCUCUGGUUCGACAAGUUCAUCUCAAGCCUCUAAUGCAUAUCCCAAUUCACAACCUAGACAUGCUCGGGAUGCAAAUUCAAAUGGUACUGCUAGAAAAGAAGUACUGGAUGAAAAGGGUGCUGUGAUCUCUAAUACGUCUUCAUGGUCACAAGCAGUGAAGCCCAAAAAUUUUCAAUCAAAUUCUGCUGCACAAUCAUCUAGUAGUUCUGUUGUUGGGGUUUAUUCCUCUUCUACAGAUCCUGUUCAUGUGCCUUCUCCUGAAUCAAGAUCAUCUGGUGCUGUUGGAGCCAUAAAGCGUGAAGUUGGAGUUGUGGGUGUACGCCGUCAACUUUCUCAAAAUGCUGUCAAAGAUUCUACUGUAUCAAGUAGUUCUCUCUCUAAUUCUCUAGGAGGAGACAAUUCUUCAGAGUCAUUCCGACAUUUUGCAACAACUUCUAAGGCAGACCAACUUGGUCAUACUACCACAACUGAACCUGUCGUGCCCAGCAUUUCCGGAAACAGAUCAUUCUUAAGCAACCAUUAUGGGAACAGGCCACAUCAACAAGUUGUAGGUCAUCAGAAGGGUACCCAUCAUAAAAUAGAGUGGAAACCAAAAACAAACCAAAAAUCAAUUACCAAUGGUCCUGGAGUCAUUGGAACACCCAAAAAGUCUACAUCACCUCCUGCCAAUAAUGCCAAGGACUUGAAGGCGGAAACAUCAAAAAUACAAGAUAAGCUUUCUCAAGUGAACAUACAUGAGGAUGCUAGUGUAAUCAUAGCACAGCAUAUUCGAGUGCCAGAGAAUGAUCGCUGUCAACUGACUUUUGGAAGCUUUGGUGUGGAGUUAGAUUCUUCAAGGAGUUGUGGACCUGGAUUCCAGGGCAUUGGUGUUGCUGAAGAAACAAAUGGUGAAUCUGCUUCUAGUCUGUCGAGUUCUGCUCUGGAUACUUCCAGCGAUGAUGCUGCUGGUAGCAAGCCAGUAGAUGGUCUUGAUGAUCAAGUUAGAAAUUCUGGAUCAGGUUCUCCAGCAUCAGAUGCUGCUUCUGAGCAUCAUUUGCUUGAUAAAAGGGACAGUUCCAGUCCUCAGAAUUUAGAUAGUUAUGCAGAUAUUGGAUUGGUCCAAGACAACAGUCCAUCCUAUGCUCCACCAGGGUCACAACAGCAGCAAGAUCCUUCUGAGUUACCCAGUUUUCCUGCAUAUGAUCCCCAAACUGGGUAUGAUAUACCAUAUUUCAGACCCACCAUGGAUGAGACUGCAAGAGGACAGGGUCUGCCAUCUUCUCAGGAGGCUUUAAAUUCACAUUGUGCCAACAGCAUUUCUGCAUCCACAAUAGCAAUGGUACAACAGCAGCAACCACAAGUAGCCCAGAUGUAUCCUCAAGUUCACGUUUCCCAUUUUCCUAAUAUGAUGCCAUAUCGACAAUUUCUCUCUCCAGUUUAUGUACCACAGAUGGCCAUGCCUGGAUAUUCCAGCAACCCUGCCUAUGCACAUCCAUCCAAUGGCAGCAGUUACUUGCUGAUGCCUGGAGGUAGUUCUCAUCUCAGCGGAAAUGGCCUAAAGUACGGUAUUCAGCAGUUUAAGCCAGUUCCUGCUGGCAGUCCCACUGGGUUUGGCAGUUUUACCAGUCCAACUGGAUAUGCCAUCAAUACUCCUGGUGUGGGUGGGAAUGCAAAUGGGCUUGAAGAUUCAUCUCGGAUUAAGUAUAAAGAUAACAAUAUCUAUGUUCCAAAUCAACAGGCUGAUGCAUCUGACCUCUGGAUUCAAAACCCUAGGGAACUCCAAGGCCUGCAGUCGGCUGCAUACUACAAUAUGCCUGGACAAACACCUCAUGGUGCGUAUCUACCAUCUCACACAGGUCACACCUCAUUUAAUGCAGCUCCAGCACAAUCCUCUCACAUCCAAUUCCCAGGAUUGUACCACCCUCCCCCCCAGCCUGCUGCAAUGGGAAAUCCCCAUCAUCUGGGUCCUGCCAUGGGUGCAAAUGUUGGUGUUGGGGUUGCUCCAGCUGCUCCUGGGGCACAAGUUGGUGCUUACCAACAGCCCCAAUUGGGUCAUCUUAACUGGACAACAAACUUCUGAAGAAACUAUCUAGCUAACCUUUCUGCGUGUCAAGAGAUUGCUAGUUACAGAAAAUUUUAGUUUUGCUAAAUAACAGCAAUCUUUUCAAUUAAAUGGGCAUUAUUUGGUGUUUUAUAUACCUUUCAUUUUGAAUUCCUUAGCAUUAUCAAUUGAAUAGUAUCAAUCCUAGUUCAUGGCAGGAAUGCAUUUACUCAUGUCU